AUGACUAAGCCUGAUACAGCUGCGGGCGAAGAGCCAACGGCAGAGGCGAAGCCCAACACCGUCGAGACUCCGAAAGCCGACACCGGUCAGACUGCCGAGCUAAAUGACAACCAGGAGACCGCACAGCCAGCCAGCGACCAGCCCACAGAGCCAAUUGCCGCGCCCGACGCUUCGCCAUCUGCAAAUGAGCCAGAGAAUUCGACACCAGCCGAGACCCUCGCAGAGGCGCUGCCUUCGCCGCCGGUAGUACAGCGGGUCUCCUCAACCUCCAAAGUGCACGAUGCAAUCCAAGACAUCAUCAACCAGUUCGACCCGCUGAAGAUAAGUGCCUCGCAGUCAACGCAGGCGGCCGAGGCGGCCGCGUCGGAGCAGACGGCAGAGCUGCGUGCGCAGUUCCAGCCGGAGACCGACGGGUUCAACUACAACACGUUCUUGCAGCAGCUGCGCAACCCCGAGGCCAAGCCGGUGGCACGCACAGUCAAGAACUUUUUGACAGAGUUUGCGCGGCGGCCGCUGACGCUUGGCGAGCAGGUCAGGUUUAUCCACGACUUUCUGGACUUCAUCUCGGGCAAGAUGCGCGAGUGCAGCGUGUGGAUGGAGGGCAUGGAGAAGCUGGUGAUGAAUCGGCUGUACCCGGUGUGCUUUUCGCCGACGGCCUCGGACGACGCGGACAAGGACCGGGUGCUGAGGGAGAAGGUGAGCCUGUUCCGGUGGAUCAAGGAGGAGCACCUGGACAUACCAAAGAGCCCGCAGAACACGGCCUUCCUGCAGUUCGCAAAGACCGAGCUGCUGAAGAUGAACAACUUCAAGUCGCCGCGCGACAAGGUCAUCUGCGUCCUAAACUGUUGCACGGUGAUCUACGGUCUGCUGAAGCACAUGAAGGGCAACGACGUGGGCGCCGACAAAUUCCUGCCGCUGCUCAUCUACGUCGUGAUUACGGCUGCGCCGCCCAAGCUGGUCUCCAACAUCCAGUACAUCAUGCGGUUCCGGUCGGCCGAGAAAAUGCAGUCCGAGGCCGGCUACUAUGUGACAAACCUGCAGGGCGCCGUGGCCUUCAUUGAAAGCAUGGAUGCCUCCUGCCUGUCCAUCACACAGGACGAGUUCGACAAGAACAUCGAGAUGACCAUCUGGGAGAUCGAGACCGAGAAGCGCGGCAAGGAGCGCGCCGCCCAGCAGAAGCGCCAGGAGGCCCAGCGCAGGCCCGUGCCGGAUCUCAGCGCCGAGCGCGCCCAGUGGUUGAUCGACAAGGGCAGCGGCAUUGCCAAGACCACCCUUGAGAAAACGAACAGCUUUGUCGGCCGCCUCAUCUCCGAGCUGUCGACGCCCAAUGCCUCGGAGACCGGCACCACAUCGCCCAGCCGCCGCGAUAGCAGCGCCAGCACGCAGUACCCGGGCGAGUCGUCACGCCAGCCGAGGCACCAGCGCGAGUACUCGCAUAGCCAGCAGGACACGGCCAAUGUGCAGGAGCUGAUCAUGGGCACGUCUGAGUGGACCGCGACGCUGGCGCUGGUGCGCGACAUGUUCCCGAAUAUUGACUCGGAGGUCGUUGAGAUUGUGUUUGAGAGCAACCAGGGAUUUGUACCAAAGACCAUUGAGCAGCUGCUGGAUAUGUCGAUGGGCAAUGAGGCCCGCGAUGUUGUCGCCAAUGAAGAGGUGUUGGAUGAGCUGGAGAGCCCUGUACACAGCAUGUCGCAACGGACACAUGUCGUGCCGCCACCGACAGCAGCGGCGCCGCAGGAGGACGGAGACGACGCAGUUGAUGAGGUCGAGCGGUGGAAGGACCGGUGGGCCGAUGGGUCGUCGGAUGAGGAGGAGGAAGAGGAGGUUGAGGAGGAUCUACUCAAGGAGGAAGAGGACGACGAUGAGAUUACAGCGCCACCAGAUCUGGGCCAGACAUCGGUUCCUGACACCACCAUUCCCGAUACCUCUGGCGACGAAGAGCUGGCACGCAGGCUACAACAGGAGUUUGAGCAGCAGAUGCGCGACGAGUCGUCGGCACCCCAAUAG